GUCUUUCAUCUUCUCUCUCUUUAAUGUUACAAUGUAAGCACAGGAAGACUAAAGCCUUUUAACAGCUUUUGCUUCUUGUCCAAAAGCUCCUCAUAAUCUUCUCAAUCUUUUCUAGUUUUAGAAAUUUUCAAUAAAAAUUUCAUAUUUUUAAUCUCAUUACCCCUUAAACCUCAUUUGUUUCUCUUCAAAAUCCCAAAUUUUUAAACUUAUUUUUAAAUUUUUUUGUGAGAAACCACCCUAUAUUAAAAGACAAAAAAACCGCUCUCUUCUUCAACGUUGCCACAGACUGAGUUGCAGAUAUUGGUAUUCAUUAGCUUCUUUAUGUAUUGCUUGUGUCUUGCAAAAAGAAGAGGAGAAUAUGUCGAUUUUGCCUAAAAGCGAAUCGAUUCACAUUCGUGAAGUAUGGAAUGAUAAUCUUGAGUAUGAGUUUGCUUUAAUCCGGGAUAUCAUUGAUGAUUAACCUUACAUUGCAAUGGAUACAGAGUUUCCUGGAAUCGUUCUACGUGUAAUAGGGAAUUUUAAGAACAGUUCUGAUUUUAAUUACCAGAACUUGAAAGCGAAUGUUGAUCUCUUGAAGUUAAUCCAAUUAGGUCUCACGUUCGCUGACGAGCAAGGAAAUUUACCAAAGUGUGGGACUGAUAAGUACUGUGUGUGGCAAUUCAAUUUUCGCGAGUUCAACCCUGAUGAAGAUGUUUAUGCUUAUGAUUCCAUUCAAUUAUUGUCCCAAAGUGGCAUUGAUCUUAAGAUGAACAAUGAAAAGGGUGUUGAUGCUUGUAGAUUUAGUGAGCUCUUGAUGUCAUCCGGGAUCGUGUUGAAUGAUUGUGUGCAUUGGGUUACAUUUCAUAGUGGAUAUGAUUUUGGGUACUUGCUUAAGCUAUUGACUUGCAAGGAUUUGCCGGAUACGCAGGCGGGGUUUUUUGACUUGAUCAAGAUGUAUUUCCCUACACUUUAUGAUAUCAAGCAUCUGAUGAAGUUUUGCAAUAGCCUUCAUGGUGGGUUGAACAAACUCGCUGAGCUGUUGGAAGUGGAGAGAAUUGGGAUUUGUCACCAAGCGGGUUCAGAUAGUUUGCUUACUUGUUGUACAUUUAUGAAACUGAAAGACAAUUUCUUUAAAGGCUCACCUGAGAAGUAUGCUGGUGUUUUGUAUGGUCUUGGAGUUGAGAAUGGACAGAUUACCCACUGAAAAGACAAAAAAGUUGUGAAAUGAAAUAAAAAUUAUAGAACCGUUUCUAGACUACAUGCUUGUUCCGAUUUUCCCUAUCUCUAUGCCUUACUAUCAUUUUUUUCUUUCACAUGUUUUUCAUUGUAUUGGAAAUAGGAUUAGUCAUUUUGUGAUUGCAGGUCAAAGAUAAUUGCUUUUCUUAGAAUUGGACACUACUGAUCUUUAGAUUCUUUACAUCGUCAAUUUUAUCUUGUUAGGCUUCUCUUAUAAUAGUUAUAUUUAACAGCCUCUUUAUGUUAUGGCUGGUUGGCCACAUUCAGUUCUGUGAAAGGACCUGAGCACUUUGCUAAAUAGUUGAAGAACAAAGCUGCAAGAGAAAGCCAGCUUCAGUAGUUUCUGAGCAAAGGCUCAAGGUAUGCUAUAGCUUUAUCUGAUUGAACGCAGAUGUUAUUAUUUUUAUUUUUAUUUCAUGUGGAUUGUUGUUUCAUUUUCUCUGCUUCUUGUACUGAGAUUUUGUUUCCUAUGGCGAAAGUUUUAGGCAUGUUCUGAUCAGUUACCUCAUUAGUAAUUUCCUUUUUGCUAUAUUUUGUCUGUCAAGCAAGCAUUAGGCAACUGAAUCAGGCGUUUGGUAGAAAUGUCUAAGAUUUUAGUCUUGAUUAACUGUUAAGGAUCAAUUUCUUCUGGUCUUUAGAUUCUUGGUUAACUGUAUAUCUUUUACUCAGGUUCUUACCUUGUGGCAUCUUCGUGAAUCGUGUAUCUUAUUCAUUUUGUUAAUUUAUCUUUAUAGUUUGUAUUAAUACAGAAGAGAUUAUUAAUGA